AUGGCAGCGCUUCAGCUCGCGACCGCCUACGUGCACGCUCCCUUGGUCACACUGAACCCUUCCUACUCUCCCCUACAGCUACGCAAAGCACUCAACCACGUCAAGGCUAAAGCGCUCUUCAUCAUUCCAUGCUUGCGCGACUCUGAUUACACCAAGCAUCUGCGCUCCAUCUUGCCCACUCUGCGUGAAGAAGCAAAAGGCGCGCCGAUUUUGCGUGAUGACCAGGUGCCCACGCUGCAGCAUGUGGUGCUGUUCGACAACAUCACCGCCAGACCCGACGGCUGGCCCAACCUCAGCGCUUACUGCGCCGCCGGCGGCGACUUUGCUGGUGCUCUCGAUCAGCUCCACGGCUGGGCCAUCGACUACCGAGAUGUGCUGGACCAAGGCUCGCAGAUUGCGCUUCAGGAGAUCGAAGGCUCAUCCGACGCCGCAAUCAAUCUGCAGCUCACUUCCGGCACGACUGGUGUGAGUCUGCACAUUGUUGAUGCGGACAUACAUUGAGCCGAGACGCUGACGGUGGUUGUUUCUCGUAGGCUCCCAAAGCAGUGGUGCUAAACUCUAUCAAUCUGAUUAACAACGCUACCGUCUUGGGCAACAUCAUGGAGCUGACACCGAACGACCUGCUAGCGAACAUACGUGGGUCUCUGUGGGGCGAUGUCGAGUGUGAGCGUUGUUGGCGUGAAUUUCAUUGUCGCUCUCCUCUCGCACCCUUUAGCCCCGCUGUUUCACUGCUUGUGAGCCUAUCGGAUGGACCUCUUGCGGCGUGCAAUUGUUCGAACUGACACCUUGGUAGAUCCCUUGAACCCUGUAGCGGCCUGACUCUUGGCAAUCUCGCAGCGUGGUCGCGAGGAGCAGGCGUUUUGUACGCUUCUGAAGGCUUCAGCCCUGCUCGGGCCCUGCGAAGCGCAGCCCGCGAGAAUGCCACUGCGAUCCACGGCGUGCCGAGCCACUUUGUGUCGGAGCUGGAGCUGCUACGACGUGCUAAACAGGCGUCUGUGAUGUCAGAGAGUGAGCAGGCAAAGGCAUGCAGCGGCCUGCGGAAGGACGGCGUGCGCAAAGGAGAGGUGUGGUCCUUUGGCAGCCUCAGGACUGGCUUCAUGAGCGGUUCCACCAUUCCAGUCGAGCUGAUGCGGUCGUGCAUCGAGGAGCUUGGUGCGGGCAGUGAGUGUCGCACGUCGUAUCGACAAGCUGCAAGGCGCUGAGAUUCAAGCUUGCUUGCGCUCCUUGCGUCCAACAGAACUGACAGUGGUGAGACGGCUCGACGUAAUGGGACUGCUUAGUUCUGAGCUGACUAUUACGGCCUUCUGUCAAGGUGUAUGGAAUGACAGAGGUGAGCCGCGCCCAAUGGGUCGAAAUGCCGCUUUGCUGGCAGUCGGACUGAUACGCGAGCUUUUGUAGACUUCUCCCGUAUCUUUUGGCGCUAGUGAGCCCCAGUCCAUCUGCUUUUUCCGCGCGUCAUCUCGUGCUGUGAAGGGAAGCUGAAGCCCUGUCGCUUGCAUGGCGCAUCGCCUUUAGGCAUCCAUGACUCUGUGGAGCGCCGCUGCACAACGGUCGGGCAGAUCGUAGACUACGCACAUGCGAAGAUUGUGGCGGGGGACGACGUUGCGGGAGCACCGGUCCCAGUGGGACAAGCCGGCGAGCUUGUGAGUUUUCCCUAUGGGUAGCGAGUCGAAGCGGACACAGCUGAACAUCUGCCCGCCUGGCGGCGAGUGCUUGCUUGCGCAGUGGAUUGGCGGCUACUUGGUCAUGUCGGAAUAUUUCGAAGAUGAAGAGAAGACUGCAGAAGCUAUCGUUGAGCAAGAAGGCAUUCGCUGGAUCAAGACGGGUGAUGUCGCGGUCAUGGACGGUGAAGGCUACGUCCAGAUCUGCGGUCGCGUCAAGGAUGUCAUCAUUCGUGGGGGAGAGAAUGUGCGUGCGGAGAGACGGCGAUUGCAUGCACAACAUGCGUUCGUAUGUCGCAAACAAUCAUGAUUCCUCUCCUCUCUUUACUUCUCCAGCUCUUUCCGCCAGUCAUUGAGAAGUGAGAGAGUGGCAGGCUCGUAAGUCGCCUUUUCGGCAAGAUGUGCUGAUGAGGAUGAUGCGCGCGUAUGCUGCACAGCUGCAUCAACCAGCUCGGCGGCAUCGCUGCCAGCGCUGUAGUGGCAGUGCCGCACGAACGACUCGGCGAGGUCGUGGGAGUCUUCGUCCAAACUUCCGCAGAACGUGGCGACGCACGACGGCCCUCUGCUCUGCAAAUCAGAGAGCAUGUGAGUGGAAUCUUGAGUGCGCGAGUCCCGGCACUUCAGGCUGCAGAUUGCUCUGUCAGGCUGAAAACGGGCGCGAUCCAUUCCCGCCUUCAGGUGAAGACGGGAAUUUCAGGUCAAGCUGCACCUGAGUGGGUCUGGUUUGUUGACGAAGGCGGCGUCGGCGCCAUGCCCACGACCGCAUCCGGCAAAGUGCAGAAGGUGGGCGCAUCCUCUGCCGCGCGCGAACCUAGUCGCCCAACUUUUGCUCAUCACGAUCCAGCUUCGCUUUUCCCAGGUCAUCCUCCGCCAGUGGGCAUCAGAAUUAUCAGCGAAAGGCAAAGGCGCGGUAAAGUGUUGA